UACACGUCCCGGCAGUCAGAUGGCUCUUUGGACGUUCCCGAGGCAGCCGAUCUGGCGGCUGAGAUUGCGCGGUCGGGCAUGGAGGAGGCGCGGAUCUCCGCGGCGGGGCUGACGGAGGAAUCGCCCUGAAGAGAGUCGAAGCGGUGGGAAGCCCCUUCCGGUGCGGGGAAGCGGGGGAGCCGCCGUGGUGCUGUAGGUUUGAUGCAGAGGUUGGUGUCAUUUAAAGAUGUGGCCGUAUAUUUCACCGAGAGCCAGGGGGCUCUACUGGAUCCCACCCAGAGAGCCUUAUACAGAGAAGUCAUGGUGGAGAAUUACGAAAAUGUGGCCUCCUUAGGGUUUCCUGUGCCGAAGCCAAAUCUCAUCUCUCGUCUGGAACGAGGAGAACCACCUUGGUUGUUAGAUUCUCAAGGGUUGGAUGCCAACAGCUCAGGUGAGAGAUGAAAAAAAUACCAUCAUCAUCGUCACCCUCAUUUAACGACCCCAUAAUCCCUUGCGGGGUGGAGUCUGGGCAACUGAAUGGAGCUAGCAGAGCAUUUAAGGGCUGGAUGCCCUUCCUGUCACCAAUGUGUAGCUUCGUUCAGCAAAUAUAUUGUGCCUAGAGAGUGGAAUAUCUGCCUCUAUCUAGGAUCGAACUCACAGCCUCCUCAAGUGAAUUACAGUAAUGCAAAACCAGAACUGAAAAUCGCAUGCCAAACCCCACCCCAAGUCUGACUUUUCCCUCCCUCAGGUACCUCCCAUUGCUGCCUCCCCAAUGUCCAAUCAAAUUAAGAGAUGUUUUUAGAACGGUCACUUCAAGUGUGGGUUGGUAUACAGCUGAGUUCCAUUCCCAGCCGGCUGACUUUGAAG